AUGGUAGUACAUACUAAACCGAAACAACUUUUUGUGACGAGUUACUCAGUUGUCGUAUAUUUCAAUAUUUUAAUUAAAUAUAAAACUUGUUUAUUUGUUUUUGGAAGGAUCCGUCCAGCUUUGUUACGCCAAGCAACUUAUGGUACUAUAAAAAUUGGUAUUUAUUAUUCUUUGAAACAUACAUUGGUUAGAGAUCCACAUGAAGAAACAUUGUUAAAAAAUGUAAUUUGUGGAAUUAUGGCUGGUGUGAUAUCCUCAUCUAUAGCAAAUCCCACAGAUGUAUUAAAGAUCAGAAUGCAAGCUCAAAACAAAAAUUUUAACAAGAAAGGAAUGAUUAAUUGUUUUCUAGAAAUGUAUAAAAAUGAAGGCAUUAAAGGAUUAUGGAGGUCAGAAGAAACAUUGUUAAAAAAUGUAAUUUGUGGAAUUAUGGCUGGUGUGAUAUCCUCAUCUAUAGCAAAUCCCACAGAUGUAUUAAAGAUCAGAAUGCAAGCUCAAAACAAAAAUUUUAACAAGAAAGGAAUGAUUAAUUGUUUUCUAGAAAUGUAUAAAAAUGAAGGCAUUAAAGGAUUAUGGAGGGGAGUUGGACCAACAGCUCAAAGAGCUGCAGUUGUAGCUGGUGUAGAAUUACCUGUAUAUGAUAUUACAAAGAAGAAUCUCAUAAGAGCUGACAUUAUAGGAGAUAACAUGUUAAAUCAUUUUUUCUCCAGUUUUGUAGCAGGACUAACAGGUGCUAUAGCAUCUACUCCAAUUGAUGUAGUAAGGACAAGAUUAAUGAACCAAAGGAGGGUAAAGGCAGCCAUUGUUAAUGGAGCUCCAGCUGAAGUUUUUUAUACUAGUGCUCUACAAUGUGCUUUUCAAACGGUUCAAACUGAAGGAUUUUUAGCUUUAUACAAGGGUUUUGUUCCAACUUGGGUAAGAUUAGGACCAUGGAAUAUAAUUUUUUUUAUAAUAUACGAACAAUUGAAAAGGUUAUAUUGAACUUAAGUAGAAUCCUUUGGAAGAUAUCAAUAAAAGUUUUGUGUAGUGGAAACUUUUUUUUAAAAAGAACUAUAAUUCGAUUUUAGUUGGAGAUUGCCAAAUAUCAAGACCGUUUGGAAAAGUAAUUGUGUAGAUUUGAAAUAUAUUUAUCGUCAUGUUUUUUUUUGUAGCAUGUUAUUGCAAAAAUUACGUAAUUAAAAUAUUUUAAAGAAGAAUAGAAUGAAAAUGUUGAUCCAAUGGGAGUAUUUUGCCGUUUCAUAUGGAGAUGUUGAAGCAUAUUUCGAUUAAAUUUUUGUAAAAAGUACAGUUUGUGUUUUUUAUUGGAAAAAGCUAAUCGAAUUGUUUCUAGUUUGAAUCGUUCCCGUCGAUUUUACAUUAUAUUUCAUAAAGCAAUGAGUGAUUCCAUUUCGUUAAUUAUGUACUUAUUAAUUUAGAAUAUAAAAAUUGUACAGUCUUAAAAAAAUUCAAAGAUAUUAAAUGUGAUACAUAACAUUUGUACAGUGAAAUAAUAUUGCUCAAUGUACAUAAUUUCAUUUAUCCAUUAAUGUAUAUGCUCUUAG